CUCCUCCCCAUCCAGUGAAGGUGAGAGAGAGUAUCGAGUUGCUAUGUCCUGCUAGGGUUCCAAAACACAGGCUCCAAAUUCUCUCGAUUGAAAUUCAAAACUUGCGAUUCCAAAAGAGAUUAUCACACUUUCCCUGUUUCUGAUUCUUCUCUCCUUUCCAGAUCAAUUGAUUAAUGGCGUCAUCGCCAGCUUGGUUACAGCAGGAAAUGCAGUCUUCUUCAACAUCCCAAUCCACUGUUUCUGCGUCUGCUGGAGGAUCAUCGGCUUCCUCACUUGUGGGUUCGAAUGGCAGUGAUUCUGCUCAAGACCCUUCCCAGCAAGCAAAAUUUGGCUAUCAACCCACACCCACAUCGGCACCCACACCCACAUUCUCAUACAAUGUUAUGAAGUCGAAUUCACCUGCUUCUUCAGCAUUUCACCAACCCAUGGUUCCCGGUCCUUCGUUUUCGUACAACAUUCCAAAUGCUGGGGUUGGAAUCCCCAGUAGCGAGCAAUCCCAGUCUAGCACACCAGUUGCUCCUCAAGCAGGACAAAAUUCUCCAACUGCUGCAGCAUCCUUACAACCUCCUGUUCCUGGGCAGUCUGCACAUCCUAAUUCAUUCCCACCUGGCAUGACUACACAAAUUAUGCCAUCUCCAGUUCCCUCGGUUGUUUGUGCCCCAAAAGGAGCCUCAUCAAAUUCUAUGAGUUAUUCUUUUAAUGGGAAUCAUCACUUGAUGCAGAGUGAUCAAUCCAUGAAUUCUAAUUCUUCGGUUGAUAUUGCACAAGGAACUGGAACUUCAUCAUUUUCACCAUCUGUCUCUGAGUCUUUUUCACAACCUGCUCACACUACAAGUUCUGCAACAGCUGCGUCUUCAUCUCAUAACUUGGGCCCGUCUACUUUACGGAUACCCACUGCCCCAUCAUUUCAUGUGCCUCCAGGCAUGUCUGGAACUCCUGCAACACCUGGCCCCCCUGGAAUAUCUUCUUCUGCACCAUUGCCAUCGAAUCUGACUGUCCCAUCUGCAGUCAUAGAUUCUUCCUCUUCUGCACUCCUAAGACCCAUUAUGCCGGCUGCUCCUGUUCCAAUAAAUCCAGCCAUUCAGCAUCAAGCAUAUCCUCCCUAUCCAUCUGUACCUCCUGUGGCUGCUCCCUCUCAUGGACUGUGGUUGCCACCCCCACAGUUGAGUGUCUUGCCAAGAGCUCCAUUUCUACCAUACCCUGCUGCUUUUCCUGGUCACUUUCCUUUGCCUCCUCGUGGUAUGUCUCUUCCGUCUAUUCCCUUGCCUGAUGCCCAACCUCCUGGUGUCACUCCUUUGGGAACUCCUGGUGGAACCCCCACAAUCUCUAUGGCUUCUGGUCCUCUGUUGACAACUGGUUCAGGGAUGCAGCAAGAAUCACCUCCAGGAAUUGAUAAUAGUAAGCAUGUCAAUCAUGUUGGGUUCAAGGAUGGAGCUGCAGUUAGCGAACAACUAGAUGCUUGGACGGCCCACAAGACUGAAACAGGAGUCGUGUACUACUAUAAUGCUUUAACUGGAGAAUCUACUUAUGAGAAACCUGAAGGUUUUAAGGGAGAGCCUGAUAAAGUAACUGCCCAGCCAACUCCAGUUUCAUGGGAGAAGUUAAUUGGCACAGAUUGGGCGUUGGUCACCACAAAUGAUGGCAAAAGAUAUUAUCACAACACUAAAACCAAGUUGAGCAGCUGGCAGAUUCCAACUGAGGUUACGGAGUUGAGAAAGAAGCAGGAUGGCGAUGCUUUAAAAGAAGAAUCAAUGUCAGUGCUAAGUACUAAUGUAUUGACUGAAAAAGGAUUUGCUCCUAUUAGUUUGAGUGCUCCUGCUGUUAAUACAGGUGGUCGUGAUGCCACAGCUCUUAGAGCUCCUGCCGUGGGAUCAUCAUCUGCCCUGGAUCUGGUAAAAAAGAAGUUGCAGGACUCAGGAGCUCCUGCUACUUCAUCACCUGUUUCAGCUUUGUCUGGACCAGUUGCAUCAGAAUUGAAUAGCUCAAGAGCAGGUGAGGCUACUGUUAAGGGCCCGCAAAAUGAGAACAGCAAAGAUAAGCAAAAAGAUACUAAUGAUUGUAAUAUGUCCGACUCCUCUUCUGAUUCUGAGGAUGUGGAUAGUGGACCAACGAAGGAGGAGUGUAUCAUCCAAUUCAAGGAGAUGCUCAAGGAACGUGGAGUGGCACCAUUCUCAAAAUGGGAGAAGGAACUUCCGAAGAUAGUUUUUGAUCCGCGUUUCAAGGCUAUUCAGAAUCAUAGUGCUCGGAGAGCCCUAUUUGAGCACUAUGUUCGUACACGAGCUGAAGAAGAACGCAAGGAAAAACGAGCAGCUCAGAAAGCUGCAAUGGAGGGGUUCAAGCAGUUGUUAGAAGAAGCAAAGGAGGAUAUUGAUCACAACACUGAUUAUCAAACAUUCAAAAAGAAAUGGGGCCAUGACCCGCGGUUUGAGGCCUUAGAACGAAAGGAGCGUGAACUUCUAUUGAAUGAAAGGAUACUUCCUCUGAAGAGGGCUACUGAAGAAAAGGCCCGAGCAAUACGUGCAGCUGCUUCAUCUAGCUUUAAAUCCAUGCUUCGUGAGAAAGCAGAUAUCACUACAAGUUCUCGUUGGUCCAAGGUGAAGGAUAGUCUAAGGAACGACCCCAGAUACAAAUCUAUUAAGCACGAGGAUAGGGAGAUUUUGUUUAAUGAAUAUAUAUCUGAACUAAAGUCUGCUGAAGUGGAAGUGGAAAGAGCAGCAAAGGCCAAACAGGAGGAGCAGGAGAAGCUGAAGGAAAGAGAGCGAGUAUUGCGGAAGCGGAAGGAAAGGGAAGAACAAGAAGUGGAGAGGGUGCGAUCCAAAGCUAGGAGGAAAGAAGCUGUUGAGUCUUAUCAAGCUUUACUUGUUGAAACAAUUAAAGACCCUCAGGCAUCUUGGACAGAAUCAAAGCCUAAACUGGAGAAGGAUCCUCAAGGACGUGCAGCAAAUCCUUAUUUAGAUCAAUCUGACUUGGAAAAGCUUUUCCGGGAACAUGUGAAGGUGUUGCAUGAGAGGUGUGUAUACGAUUUCAGGGUGCUCUUAUCUGAUGUCAUAACUUCAGAAGUCGCUGCUCAAGAAACAGAAGAUGGUAAAACAGCUAUGACUUCUUGGUCAACAGCUAAACGUCAUCUAAAGUCUGACCCUAGGUAUACAAAGAUGCCGAGGAAAGAAAGGGAAUCGUUGUGGCACCGACAUGUCGAGGAGAUGCAGCGGAGGCAAAAGUUAGCCGUUGAUCAAGAGGGAGAGAAGCAAGCAGAAACAAGAAGUAGAAGAUCUGUUGAUUAUGGGAAGUAUCUAUCGGGAUCUCGGGGCAAUCAUGAGUGAAGAUUAGCAUUUUUUUUGGUGAGAAACUAGUGAUUUAACUCUUCUUUUUUUCUGAUCUUGGUGAGUCUUCUUUUCUUGAUCUUAGAAUGAGCUGAUUCUUUCCUUUAUGCUAGUCAAUACUGUACUAUAUAUUUUGUAAUUAGAUUGAUUUUUAUGAACUUAAUCAGUUAUAGUGAAUCUAUAUCCCUGUUUUGUACUGCA